UUAUUACAAGUUAAUAAUUGGUUUAUAAAUGCACGUCGUCGUAUAUUACAACCAAUGCUUGAAACAUCAAAUCCUAAUUUAACUACAAAUAAAAAGAAAAAACGAUAUGAUACAACAUUAGAUGAUAAUCCUCAUCCUCAUCAUAAACAUAAUCGACAAAUGUCAUAUAUAAAUCGUUAUUGGCCAUCGAAUUUAAUUCAAUUCGAUAUGCAUAAAAAAUAA